CCAACCGCCAAUCAAAAAAUCGAGGUAGUUCACUUCCGGGCUGCACGGAAAAUAAACAGCUCGCAGUAGUUGGCUAAAGCCAAUGCUACUGUAACGGAAAUGCAUGUAACGCGACCUCAGCCUAUAUCGACGAAUUAAGGCACCUUCUGAAGCUUGCUGGUUUGGCCCCAUCUGCUGUCUAAAGCUCAUAUCUACUCACUGGCAACAUGACAGAGCCACGCAGCUCAGGAAUGACCUCGCUGCCUCCGACAGCCCCCGUGCACGCCGACUCCACCCCUCCGGCUGCGGACAUGGACCCAGUGGAGUACACCCUUAGGAAGCGCCUCCCCCGGAAACUACCGAAGAGACGGAACGACGUCUACGUCAACAUGAAGACGGAUUUCCGCGCUCAGCUGGCACGCUGUCAGAAGCUGCUGGAAGGCGGGGGUCACAGGGAGAUCUGUGUCCACGGCCUGGGCCUGGCCAUCAACAGGGCCAUCAACAUUGCCCUUCAACUGCAGGCCAGCAGCCAGGGGGCGCUGCAGCUGGCUGCCAACACCUCCACGGUGGAGCUGGUGGACGACCUGGAGCCAGAAGAUCCCGACGAGGCCGGCGAGCCAAUGACGCGCACCCGCAACAACUCGGCCAUUCAUAUUAAGGUUUUCUACCCUGAUGCUCAGUGAGCUGAAUGUGUCCUGUUUGUUCCCUCGUGGCGGCUGGUGGGACUGAAUGCAUGCGUUUGUGUUUGGAUACCUAUGAGGACUGCAGCAGGAGAUACGUGGACAAUGUGUUGGUUUAAUGUACAUUUAACUGUGUUGGAAUACUCUCAUUCCGUAAAACCUUUGUUGACUGACCAUAUUGAGCUUGUUCAACUUGUGUUUUUUUGUUGUUUAACUUAUUAGACUUGCAUGGCUUAGUGCUGCAAAGAUGUUUGUCAGGUGAAAACUCGUAUUUAACUACUUGUAGACAAGUUUUGCCAAGUGUGUUAAAUUUAAAUGGACUGUUCAAGUGUUAAUAUAAGUAAUUUAAAAAACGAAAUGCAAAGCUUUUACUUUCAAACAAGUUGUAGUAAAUGUCCACUAGAUGUCAUCAGUGUAAAUCUAUUUCAAUUUGGUUUUCAGAACACUGAACUGCUAGUGUUCAUAUUUAGAGUAUGUACAGGAUUGUUUUGGUGAAGACAGUUUAUUUGAUUUCUUGACUAAAAAUAAAUCGUACAAACAAUGUGC